GAACAUAUGAGAGGUUAAAACGAAAGCCCUUCCUUUAUCUCUUAAAAUUAUUAUUUUUUUAUAUUGUUCUCCGUCUAUUAAUGGCGUCGAAGAAGACGUUAGCUGCUCGUCUUUUCAACCUUUCGAAAAUCUCAAAGCAGGCGCUAACCAAUUGCCGCAUUUCAUCCACAUUAACAACCACCCGGAUUUCUCAAACCUCGGCCAAACCUAACAUUGCUCCAGAUUCCGGAGACAAUGGCACCUUUCGGAGGUUUCUCCACAAGAGAGCCAUUCUUCAGCCGAAAAUAUUACCGAUCGGAGGGGAGAGUCUCAUGGAGAAAUUGAAAACAAUCGACAUUGCUAAAGAUAGAAUCCGACUGGACGGUUUGAGUCCACCUCCGAGUUUUGAGACUGAAAAGGCGGAGAGGCUAUCUGUGAAGGACGCUAGCAAAGUUCUGAAGGCGGUUCAAAUGGAAGUCGUGAAGGAGAAACUGAGACAAAUCGAGAAGCCUUGGAUACCGUAUUCGGAGUUUGUUCGUGUAUGCGAAGAGGCCGUUUCGGAUCCGAAUCAGGGAUUGCAGUUCGCAAAAUUGCUUGACGAAUCAGGAAACGUUAUCGUUUUGGGAAACGUUGUAUUUCUUAGACCUGAACAGAUAACCAAAGCUGUUGAGGGUCUAAUUCAUGUACCAGAGGCCAACUCAAACGACCCAAGAAGAAAAGAAUUUGAAGAGUUGGAGAGGCAGAAAACCGAAAUAGAUAAAAAAGCAGACUCCCAGGUUCGUCGUGAACUGUGGUGUGGACUUGGCUGCUUGGUAGUCCAAACGACAGCACUCAUGAGGCUCACAUUUUGGGAACUCACGUGGGAUGUGAUGGAGCCCAUUUGUUUCUAUGUUACUUCAAUAUAUUUCCUGGGUGGCUAUGCAUUCUUCCUGAGGACUUCUAAAGAGCCUUCUUUUGUAGGCUUUUACCGGAGCCGGUUCACCGCCAAGCAAAAGAAACUCUUCAAGCUUCAUAAUUUUGAUGUUGAGAGGUACAAUGAGCUACGAAAUGUUUUCCAUCCGUAGCCACCAUCGUCAUUACAAAACUCAUUUGGAAAGAAAAUACAAGAAUUAUAAUAGCUACACAUACACAAUUGACAAUUUUGUUAAACCCCUUCGUAUAAUAACUUGUGGGUGCGGCUGUAUGUAACCGGAUUGCUGAGAGUUCUCUUUUUUAUUUUGCAUAAAAUCUGACAUUUAUGAUUUAUAGUUGGUUAUUUGACUUAUGUAUAAA